GUCCACUUUGCUCACAGACAUUUUCGGCCUCCCACCCGCCUUAUGUCUAUGAAAUACCGAACGGAUAGAAGCAACACUAGAGGAAGGAUGUACCCGUCCCUCCCGACAGUUCGUUUCUCUUAGACGGGCGGGAAAGGGAAUUGACUUUUGACUUUCAACGGUCCUGUCUCUUCCAAAACGACGGCGCCUUUAUCAACCCUGACGCCACGAACCCGAAAAUGGUAUGAGAUGAACCUCUCACCACCGUAACCGCAACGCCAUUCACAGCCGGCCCCGCUGCCGAUGAGUGAACCCCCUUUCUAGCGGUAGGAUGACCGAGCAAGAAUGGCACCUCAGGUAGAGUCGUUCUCGGGUUCUUCGGUCGUCCGUCACUAUAGCGCCAGCGAGGACGCUAGCUGGGGAGAACGUGGCCACCGCCAGACUAAAGCUGGCUGCUCAUUUCGCCCCUCAAAAAGCAAUACCCGAGUCAUGUCCCGUCCCUGUUGCCGAUGUCUGUGCUUCGGCGAUAGCACGAGUGACGAAAGGAUAUUCCUGGAAGACAUCCAAGCGCAACGCGUGGUCGCUGAUCACAACAAGCUCCUCUCUGGAGUCUGUUCCACUUGUCAAAAGAAGGAUGUUGUCGGAUACCGUUGAGUGUCUCCUCCAAGGGACCAGGACUGGCGAAUAAUGAAGACUUGGUGACUUGUUCAAACUGGAGUCGUCCACAACCGUUUUUUCUGCCAUCUCCACCUCACCGAAACAGGGACAGGCCUCACCGUGAGGCGACUCGUUUGGGAAAACCAGUCCGUGGUCUACUGCGACAAAUGUUACGUUCAAUUGGGCUCCCGAGGCUUCUCGGCGGAGCCGGCCGUUUGAGAUACACCGCCGCCUCUGAAGUUUACCCAAUGCAACCCGCAACUGGCGCCACGAGGGGUAGGAUCUCCAGAACCCCUCAUGAGUUGCUUAGUACAUGUAGAAAUCUGCAUCUCUUUCAAACCUACUACUAAACCUAACUUUUGUCCAAGCCACCUUUCUCUGACCUCCCGGAACCGAACCAAACUCAAAGCAGCUCGUCAUAUACUCGCAGACAGCAGAGCAACAGGGCAGAAACGAACUACACACACAAAUCACAUCAUGGCAGCCACAACCACCAUCCAAGUCCCCCACCUCGGCGGCAUCACGGCCGGCUACCGUCUGUCCGAGGACAAGGUCGACCCCGCCAAGCCCACCGUCGUCCUCAUUAACUCCAUGUGCACAACCGUCUCCCUCUACAAUGACCAGUUCAACAGCAAGACACUGACGGACGCCGUCAACCUGCUGGCCAUCGAGCCGCUCGGCCAUGGCUCCACCAGCUGUCCCGUAGAGCACUUCACCUACUGGGACACUGCCAUCAUGGCCCUGCAGGUCAUGGACAAGCUCAACGUUCAAAAGGCUUUUGCUCUUGGCACGAGUCAAGGUGGAUGGAUGGUCACCCGUAUGGCCAUUUUGGCCCCUGAAAGGAUUCUGGGUCUCUUGCCCUUGGGCACGUCCAUGGACUACGAGUCAGCCGACUCCCGUGUCAAGGGCUGCUGGGACCCCAAGGCCCAGCUCCUGGCCUUUUACGACGGCUGGUCCAGUGCCACCCCGACGCCGGACUUCGUCGUUGACGAUAUCUGGUGCGGCAUGGUUGGCAGCCUGGGCUUCUCAGGCACCGUCCCGCCCGAGACCCUUGAGUUCUGGACAAAGACCCUUAAGUCUGUCUACAAGGGUGACGAGGGCCGCAAGAAGCUCAAGAUGGCCCUGGGUAACCUUCUGUCGAGAGACGGCCUGCUUUUGAGACUGAGAGACGUCAAGUGCCCCGUCUACUGGCUCCAGGGAACCGCCGACCCUGUUUUCGGUGUCAACAUCCCCGGUGAGCAGAUCAAGCUCUUCACUUCCGCCCCGGAGGCGACGGUGACGUUGGUUGAGGGCGGUGGCCACUACUUGAACGCCACCAGCCCGAAGGAGGUUGAGGAGGCUCUGCUGAAGAUGGUCAAGACGUACGCCUAAGUCCGAGUCUUCGUUGUACUUUUUUCGGGAUGAACUAUGGCGUUAUGAUCAUGAGUCGUGAGCACGAUAGGCGAGAAAAGCAUGCAAUACCAAAUGGCCCCCAAGUCGCAUGCUGGGCAAGAAGCACGUAACAUAAAGUAUUCGUAGCAAUGGUGG